AUGGCUCCCCGUGCUGCUGGUGCUGGUAAGCCUGCUCGAGGCUGGGAUGAUGCGUCGCAUGAGGAUUUACUCCUCUCUCUUCUUGAAGAGAUCAAGCCGAACAAGGCUGACCUUACCAACGUCGCUGAGAAGAUGCGCAACAAGGGCUACUCCUACUCCUACUCCGCGAUCAACCAGCACGUCCAAAAGCUGCGCAAGAACCGCGACACCACCGCCAUCCAGAACUCUGGUGGCUCCGAGGCUGGUACUCCUCGUAAGCGCGUUUCUAGCACCAAGACUCCUGCCAAGCGUACUCCUAAGCGCAAGGCCACCAAGUCGGCUUCCAUCGUCGACGAGGACGAGGAUCUUGAGGAUGAGAAGAUGCAGCUGAAGAUGGAGACGGACGACAUGGAUGAGGAACUCAUGUCCCCCAAAGGCGUCAAGCGUACCAAGUCCGAGCCCGAGGACGAGGUCACCGUUGGUGAGGUCUAGGUCAGAAUUUCUUCUACCUUGCUAGCUUCCACGGUCAAGGGGGUUGGAAGUUGAGCCUUCGACGGCUGAUGAACAUUGGAGUGGUGAUCAACAGGCUCAUGCCUAUCGCAGAGAAAUAGGGGUAAAACUAGGCGAGGAUGGUUUCCAUGUGCCUUGGGUGUUACGACGAGAGAUUUGCCAUUUGAGGGCAAUAUUACGAGCAUGUCUCUGCG